AGAAAUUGUGUAUUUAUAGCCAAAAAUGCUCAGCGACAAAGCAAUAAAACUAUUAGUAAUUGGCGAAAGUGGUGUGGGGAAAUCAAGUCUCAUUCGUCGAUUUGUUGAAAACAAAUUCGAUGAAAGUCAUGAUGUCACAAUUGGUAUGGACUUCAAGAGUAAAGUGAUGAAUAUUGAUGGUGUAGAUUAUAAAUUGGCACUCUGGGAUACAGCUGGUGCUGAAAGAUUCCGCAGUCUAACACCCAGUUUCUAUCGGAAAGCACUAGGUGCCAUUUUGGUAUAUGACAUUAAUAGCAAAGAAUCACUGGUCAAAUUGGAAUCAUGGUUUGAUGAACUAGAAAACUACAGUGAUAAUCCAAAUAUUGCCACAAUUGUCGUCGGCAACAAGAUAGACGAGGAACGCGUUGUAAGUCGUGAAGAGGGUCUGAAAUUCGCAAGAAAACAUCGAUCGUUGUUUUUGGAAACUUCCGCCAAACAUGAUAAAUUCGUUGCCGAUGUUUUUCGAGAUAUCGUAGAAAAGAUUGUCACAUCAGGUAAUUUUGAACAGUACAAUAACGGCGACCGGAUUGAUGUACGUAAUGAUGACGACGAAGCAGCAGCAUCAUCGUGCAGAUGUUGAUCUACAAUA